CAAGCCUUCAGCGCUAACUAGGAGGAAAAAACACGAGAGAGACUCGUGGGGAGAUAAACGUCUGAUAAAAGUGCUUUUGUCGAAACUCACUCAUCUAGGAGAAACCCAGGCUAGAAUCACAGGAUCUCAGUAACUCAGAGCCUAGCUUACACAAAUGCUGUUUUUUGUUGUUUUCACUUCAAACAUUUUGAGACAACCAAAGCGUAAGAGAAAGCAGAUCUGGACUGAAGGACUGUGUUAUCAGAACAAGAGAAUGUCGUAUUAAUAUCAGCUUAGGGGCAGGUUGUCACAUGAAAAACAAACCAGCUUACUGAACAAUAUAAAGCAAAAAGGUGACAAUGUCAGACACCGAGCCGUUAUUUUGCAAGGUUCCAGUUUAACGCUGAGAUCAAACGUGUGUUUCGGUGAAGCAAAAUCGUGGCGUGCUCCGUGAGCGAAAGCGAUACGCCGCUGAGAUGAAAGGCUUUGCAUCGGUGCAGCUGCAGCGCUGCAGAAACGCACGGAAGCAGGUGAACAGAAGACGAGCUGCUUACUGUACGAACACGUCACCGCAUUCAGGGAAAUUCUGCUUCAAACCCGCUGCACAACACACACGGCGUGCUUCAUGAAGACGGCGGGUCACGUGUUCUAUAGCACUGUUUCAUAUAACAAGUGUUUAUGUAUUCACUCCACGAGACAAUAGUUGUUCAUGAGCUCUUCAGAAGAAUCCUCAUCUCCUGCACGUUCUCUGGUUUUCCAGCAUCUUUGGUGCGAUCCACCCCUUUCCAACAUCUCUGAGUUGUCUCCGUCAUGGAGGCGACAGGGAAAUACGACUUCAGCGCCACGGCAGAGGACGAGCUGAGCUUCAGGAAGGGAGAUAUAAUCAAGAUUUUAGGCACCAAUGACGACUGGUUCAAAGCAGAAAUAAACGGCAUGGAGGGAUUCGUUCCAAGGAAUUACAUCAACAUCCACUUCCCCAGCUGGUAUCAGGAGAACACCAGCCGUCAGUCAGCUCAGGACGAACUGAUCUGUCAACCGAUCGGAUCCUUCCUCAUCCGAGGAUCCCAGAGUUCACCUGGAACAUUCUCCAUUUCAGUCAGACAUGAUAACGACGUGCAGCACUUUAAGGUGAUGAGAGACCGCCACGGUCAGUAUUAUCUCUGGAGCGAGACCUUCAGCUCCCUCAACAAACUGGUGGAGUUCUACACACACAACUCCAUCUCCAAACAGAGCCGUGUGUAUCUGCUCACAGAGCAGCGGAGUCCACCUGACUUCCCGCUCAGGAGGUCCGCGGAGCCGCCGCCCGUCUCUCAGGAGAGACACAACUACAGAACACCAGCUACAGCCUGUCCUCGUCCGCCCGAUCCCUUACCUCCUCCACCCCCACCACAGAUGUCUGUGCUGCAGGUUCGGGCCAUGUAUGACUUCAAUGCAGAGGACUCCGACGAGCUCAACUUUCACGCUGGAGAUGUGAUCAAGGUUUUAGACCAGUCGGAUCAGUUCUGGUGGAAAGGUGUUCUGCACGGAAGAACCGGACUCUUCCCCGUCAACUACACCAAUCCUGUCUGAGGGCCCGCUUGCCUCAGAAUCCAUUGUGAUGUUGCAUAAUUACGAUUUAUGAAUACAGUUACAUUAACAGUUCUGAAUUUAGGAAAACGUUUUCAUAUUUUCAUGUGUACAGAGCACACAAACAAACACACACCUGUAAAGCAUUGCUUUUCCAAUUGGCAGAGAUUUGGAGAAAUGUGUGCUUAGUUUGAGCACCUUUACAAACAAGUUCUUUCAGAAUCAUAUACAGAAUCCUCUGCAUAUGAUCUGCAUGAAAUGUUCCUGAGAUGUAUUACAAUUUUGAGAAUUCUCUUUUUUAGUGCAUGUUUUUUUUUUUUUUAAAUAUAGUAUCCUUUACGUGGCUGCCUUACUUUUCACCAUCAGUUCCACUCUAUCUAGUCAAUUCUGAGUCUCAUUCUACUUUUAUCCCAAUAGAAAUUAUAUAAAUGAAGCUGAAUAAAAGUGAAUAAAAUAACGUAUAAAUGAAUCAGUAGCCCUAUUCGUGAAAUGAAUGCUCUAUUUGCAAAAUAUUCACAGAUUAGUUUUCUAUGUUAUGUUUCUGUCCAUUUUUCCAAUGCAACACACUCAUCCCCAGUUUAAAAAACAAGACUUAGGCAUAACCAUAGAUUAAAAUGUAAGUAAGAGCUGUUUUUUUGUUUUGUUUUUUUUCUAAGACAUGUUUUUAAAAAACUACUUAAAUGUCUUAAUUAAAAUAUGCCCUAAUCCUGGCUUAACCUAAACCCUGUCUGUGAAACCAGCCCAUAAACUCUUGUCUAUUUCAUUCUAAAGCUCUGCAAGCUACAUUUUCUGCAGUAAAUAUUUUUUUCAUAUUACAUUAUCUGAAAGUUGAUUAUUGAUUAAACCAACUAAAGCGAAGCUCCAGCAAAUGCUUUAAAGUCAAAUACAGGAAGACGCAGGCCAUGUGAUGUGAUGGAGAUGAAUAAAAUUAACUUCCUCUUUUCUGCUGA